GUCACGGUUUGGAGCCCUCAGGGUCGUCUACAUCAGGUUGAAUAUGCCAUGGAAGCUGUUAAGCUUGGCUCGGCUACCGUGGGUCUGAAGAACAAAGACUAUGCCGUUUUGAUUGCCCUGAAGCGAGCUUCGUCGGAAUUGUCUUCGUACCAGAAGAAAAUUAUCCCCAUUGAUGAUCAUAUGGGAAUUUCCAUUGCCGGAAUCACGGCGGACGCUCGUAUUCUUAGCCGUUAUAUGCGACAGGAAUGCCUGAACUACAAAUAUUCGUACGAUGACCAUUUCCCUGUGGGUCGUUUGAUUGCCAAACUGGGCAAUAAAAUGCAAGUAUGCACUCAACGGUACGACCGACGUCCAUACGGGGUGGGCCUGCUGGUGGCCGGAUAUGACGAUCAGGGAUCGCAUAUCUAUCAAACCUGCCCGAGCGCUAACUUCUUCGAUUGUAAGGCAAUGUCGAUUGGAUCCCGAUCGCAAAGUGCCCGAACCUAUCUGGAGAAGCAUCUGAAUUCGUUCCCUGAUUGUACCAAGGAAGAGUUAAUCCGUCACGGAGUUCAAGCUCUACAAGAUACGCUGCCUAAUGAAGUGGAACUGAAUAAUAAGAACAUUUCGAUUGCCAUUGUUGGCAAGGGGGAAAAGUUUCACAUUCUGGAGGAGAACGAAAACGCCCAAUAUCUGACCAACAUUGUGCGCCGCGGUGGUGGAGGUUCCCAGGCAGCAGGUUCCAGUGGUGGAGCACCGCCAGCCGAUGACGAUCAGCCGCAGCCCCCAAACGAUCCGGCUGCGGACCCGACCCCAGACGUGGCGAUGGAAACCUAAACGAACCACCGGAUGGUUCGGAUACCGAGAUGAGAGACGUUGAACGCUGGUCAUCGUCUCAAUCAUCCGGUAGGAUUUCCAGAUGUGGAGAUAGGGAUGUUUUCAACGGAGUUCGGUCUAGGACAUGGAAAUUCUAAUGGGUGGGAGUUUGACAAUGAUUUUUUUUAUCUUUGAUCAAACUCCCACCCUCAUAGGUACAAGGUAAAUGGAACUUCAUUUAAUCUUAUAUUUGAAAAGCUUCGGAUUCACAUUCAAACACAAGAAAUUAUUUCCAUGCUCUAUUAAACUAAAACAUGCUCUUCUAA